AUGACUGCAGUGCGAGGCCCGCGUCUCCAGGUCGGGUCCGCGGCGUGGGUUGGCGAAGAGCGGGCGUCUGCACUGCAGAUUGUGAAGUCGGAAGUCGAGGAGUUCUCAUACUCUGCCCACAAUGAGAUCGAGUGGCUUAACGAGCACAUGGCUGCGAUUUUGAACGAGGGCGAAGUAAAUAUCACAGAAGUUUUCAAGACCCCAGGCAAACUUCGGGGCAAGACACCCCAUACAGCUCGAAAGGGUAACGCAGCAGAGGCGCGAAUGCCCUUAUCCGAUGUAUUCGCAGCGUCAUCUACCGAUUCGAGCAGCCAGCACUCGGACCAAUCCAGCCAUUCCCAGCCUCGUCAACUGCAUCAGGUCGCUCUAAAGGCGGUACCGUUGGUCACCAAGCCUGUUUCUCCCCAGCGACAUGUGUUCUCGCCGUCACGAUCACGCCCCCAUCGAGGCAUGCAGGAUUCUGGCUAUUAUGGGAGCCAGGAUCACAUCGCCACCGAUCCGAGCGAGAGUGUCGAGCCCGAAGAUUUCGCAAACCCUUACAGCGACAUAGUGCUACCACCCGGCGGCUCGUCCGUGAGGAGAAGCCCAGUUCGAAAAAUUGUGCCGGUGUCUCCAUCCAAGACCUUUCAACCACCGAAAGACGGCCCGACGACACGUACUCUACCAAAAGAUGUAUCAUCCGGCAUGGCACCGGAUGAGCCAGAAACAUCAGCUAAAGAAUUUGAUUCGGACGAAGCAUAUUCCGACGCGCCCGUGAUAUCACCAGUUCGGGAACCACUCAAUUCGGGCAAGAGCCUCGGUGCGAGACAGUCAAGGAACAGCCAUUUCGACACCGGCAAUAGCAGCAGAACCAGCUACUACCAGAGACAUACUGGCGGCAAAAGCCUUGGAAACCUCGCUAAGCGCGACUCUUUGCACGAGGAAAACGAGGGUGAAUCGAGACACAACGCAGAGGGCGUUUCCCCUGCCCAGGAAAUCGCCGAGAGUGACCGGCCGGGCGUUAACCAUACAAAGACAUAUACGCAAAGAUUACAAGACCAGAUCAGCAUGCUGAGCAAACCUCAAAGUGGCUUUGCGCAAACCAAAACAACCACCAAUGCAGCAGCGCUUCAGCAAGAGGUCAUCCAAGCACAGUCUAUCACGAGCCCGAAGCCAGCUCCUCUGGAGAAGGAGCCAGCUACUACGACGCCGCCACUGGCAAAAGACACUGCUACUGCAUCAAACGCCCUUCCCAUUUCCUUCACCAACUUGGCGGCCUUGCAAGAUGACUUGACUGACAACCCCUUUAAAUCACCUCCUCGGCGGGAAAGCCCUCUCAAACAAGUCAAGAGCAAGUUAUCGUCUAUUCUGAAGAGCUCUCGCGGCCUACUUGCCAGCAAUGCUGCUGUGAAUGUUGACGGAAAGGCUCUGAUGUCCCCCUCCACCACUCGUCUAGCCUUGCAUGCCGGAGCUUCUACGGAUUCCAUCGCCCUAAAGGCUCAGGAAUUUGAGCCUCAACCAACGGAACCCACGAGCCCCUCGAAGCCGAUAGCUCGUCGUACCAGGGCAUCUACAGAGCGCGAGAAGGAGCAAAAGCGCCGAGAGAAUGAAGUCAAGCGCAUGGAAGAGCAAAUGGACAAGCUUGACAAGGCACGUGAAAAGGAGCGCGAAAGGGCUCGGGCUUUCACUCAAGAGCAGGAGAAGGUGGCUACCAUGGAACAGGAGGUUGCCACCAAGAGACAAGACGAGAGACUGGCAUUCAAGGCAACUCCCAACCCCCCCAAGGCGGGCCCGUCCAGUCCCCGCAAGCCGAGAGCCGAUGAGGAAACGCAAUCCAGACAGGUUGACCGUGAUGUCGACAUGUCUGAUGCGCAGCCUCCCAUGCCUCCGCCUUCUUCUACCAAGUCUACUCUACCCGGCCCAGUGGCACGGGGCAAGGACAGCAAGCGACCGGUGAAGCCGAUCAAGGAUUCGGCUUCCAAAAUCAAGGCUCCCCCUACCGUCAUCAGGGUCAAUACUGGCUCACAGCAUUCGCAGUACCAGCCUGCUGGCAGCCGCGUCUCCACCGCGUCUCAUGAUACCUUGAAUUCUAACCAUUCGACGGCUUCCUCAAAGUCCGGCAAGUCCAUUUAUCAGGCCAAAUCAUCGGCACCGAACGUGAAAGCCCCUCCCUCUGCUGGUCGAUCAAAGGCGGCAGAAAUGGCGGCCAGGAAAAAGGAGCAGGACGAAAGGGAAUCGCAGCGGCGACGCGAAGCCAAGGCGGAAAUGGAAAGAAAGCGAAUAGCAGCUCAAGAGGAGCAACGAAAGCAAGACCAGCAACGCCGCCUUGAAAUAGAGCGGCAGCGGCAGCAGGAAGAAGAGAAGAAGAGUGCUCAGAGGCAGGCUGCCAUAGAGAAGGCCAAGCAGACGAGAGCUCCGCCUCCGGCAGUACGAUCACAGCAAAACGGCACGGCCGAGUCAGCAUUACCUCAGCCGAAGUCAGCAUCUUCCAGAGCCGACGGCCAGCCUGCUCGGCCGCCUUCUCGGUUAGCGAGUAUGCGCGACGAUCUGGGCAGGCCGGUCAAUACAGUUCUGUCAAACGCCGCCAAAGCAGGUGCCAAACGUACCUUUGGGCCGGAGACAAGCGAUGACACGUAUUCGAGGCCCCCGCCUACCCGAGGUGGGCCGGCAUACCAGACGAAGGAUUCUAAGCGGCGCCGGACCAGUGAGCACAACGAUGAGGUGUCGGAGGUGGACAGUGCCCCUAAGAUCAAGGGUCCGCCAGUGAGGCCGUCGACGGGGUUCAAGAAGGAUUUGCCAACGAAAUCUGCCUUCCAGAAUGGAUAUGCGGCUGCACCUCACAGCGCCUCCCGAGACUUGUUCAAGGCUGCCGUCACAUCUCAACAUCACAGCCAUGCUAAAGCGGCUCAUCCUCUUGAUAUGGCGCAGAUCUCUAAGGGCCCGAUUCCGUUUGCGCCCAGCUCCAGUGCCGCUGGUUCUUCUCACAAGACGCCGGCUCGUCCAGGACAGCUGGCCAGUGCCAAGGGGAGUGUGAGGAAGGCUUCGCCGCGGUUCCAAAACGGCGACUCGAUUGAACUACCCGAAAUCCAGACGGAUGAUGAUGAAGACGACGACGACGAGGGCGGAGGCAUGACCGUGGCUGCGUGGGCUGACUCUCCUGACUUGCGUCGGGCUCUCAUGAGGCAAGAGUCAAUGGAUCCGACACAGAUCUUUGGUCCACCGGCGCCCUUGAUCAUGGAGGAAGUUUUCAACAAGAGCAAAGACAAGUGGCACAAGUUCCGUCAGAGGACGUCCAGCGCCAACUGGAGUGGCCUGGAUCGUUUGACUGAGGAUGACAUCAGAAAAGAUAUGGCGGCUCGUGACAAGCUGCGGCGAGAUGGUGGCUGGUCUUAUGAGAUGAGCAAGGAUAUGCUAUAA